AUGGAUCCCGAGGGAAGAGUACACAGUGCGCAAGAACUGCGCACGUCACCAGCAGAAGGAGGCACGGAAGGAGCGCGGCCGCAGAAAACUAGGAAGAGAAGAUCGUGGACGGCGGAGGAAGACGCUGUGCUGGCGGCGCACGUCCAGGCUCACGGCGUGGGGAAAUGGGAUGCGGUGCCGCAGAGCACCGGGCUGGCACGCACCGGCCAGAGCUGCCGGUUUCGGUGGCUUAACAGACUCCGCCCCGGCCUCAAGGACGACGGCAUCGCCUUCUCACGCGAUGAGGAGAUCCACCUCUGCCGCCUCCAUGCGGCGCUCGGCAACAAGUGGUCUCGCAUCGCCGCCGAAAUGGAGGGCAGAUCGGAGAACGAAGUCAUGCACUACUGGUUUUGCUACGUCAGUCGAUGCCAACGGGCCGGCCUCAACGUGUACCCUCCGGAGGUGCAACAAGCCGCCGACGGACAACCUUCCCUCCACCAACCACAACCCAAAAGGCACAAGAAUCAGACUUCUUCGUUGCCGCAACAGCUUCCGCCGCCGCCGCAAUAUCUGCAUCCCGUCGGCUAUCCAAAUUAUCCCGUCGUCCCCACUCAUCUGCCGCAACCACUCGGUGCCGUUUAUCCUGUGACGAUGGCCAUCGCUCUUCCUCCUACUCCUCUUCCUCCUCUCCCGGUCAUGGCUGAGGCAUCGCCCACCACCCAAUUCUGGGAGCAGGUCCUGUCAUUGUCGAAUCAGAAUGUUGUACAGGGGAUGCAGCCACAUCCGCUGGCGCUACCAUUGGGAAACACAACGGAAUUUAACGAGAAUGACCAGGGCUUAGCGUCGCUCCUGCCACAUUCCAAUCAGAAUGUUGAACAGGAGAUGCGAUCACAGCCGCCGGCGCUAUCGUCGGAAAACGUGACUGAAAUUAACGAGGAAGACCAACUCUUGCCGCCGCUCCUACCGCAGUCGAAUCAGAAUGUCGAACAGGGGAGUCAGCCCCAGCCGCCGGCGCUACCAAUGGAAAACGCAACUGAAUUUAAAAACGAAGGCCAGCCCCUGACGUCGCUCCCGCCAAUGUCCAAUCAGAAUGUUGCUCCGGGGAGUCAGCCCCAGCCGCCGGCGCUACCAAUGGAAAACGCAACUGAAUUUAACGAGGAAGGCCAACCCUCGACGUCGCUCCCGCCAUUUCCCGAUCAGAAUGUUGAACAGGAGAGGCAGCCACAGUGGCUGGCGCUUCCGUUAGAAAACGCGACGGAAUUAAACGAGGAAGGCCAGCCCUUGUCGUCGCUCUCACCGCUGUGUGAUCAGAAUGUCGAACAGGGAAUGCAGCCACAGUGGCCGGCACUAUCGUUUGGAUACGCACCCAAAUUUUUCGACGAAUUUUGGGGCUUUUACUGA